AUGUCAAUCCGAAAGUCAGGGAGAGAGAAACACCCUCCAAAUAGAUAUUCCCCAGAAAAUGUAAAUGACAAGAAUGAGGAACCCAUAGAAAGAGAUAGUCAACCUCCAAAACCCCCUUCUAAGUCAAAAACCAAAUCUUCAACUUCCAGCAAGCGCCGGUUAGUUCAACUGCAACUAGAAGAAAUAGAAGAAAUAAACAGGCUUGAGAAAAUACAUGAAGAAAGGGAGUUGCAACGGCUGAAAGAAUUUGAAGAAAAGGAGAUGGAGCGACAGAGACAAGAUAUGGAGCGUCAAAUGCAGGAACAACAAAGGCAAAGAGAGGAGAGGGAAAUGGAACGACAACGUCAAGCUGAAGCAAGAGAACUAGAACGACAGAAGCGUCUGCUGAGAGUAAGGACCGAACUUGAGUCUGCUUCGGUCUUGGGAAGUAGUCAGUCCGCCUCAGUCUUGGGCAGUCGUCAUUUGGAAUUGGAAGAUAAUGAAGACCCUGACAAGGUAAGCUUCAAUAUUGCUACUGUUGAGGAGGACUCUAAUGUCAAAGUCAAUAGGUGGCUGAAUGAGGAACCGUCAGUUCCUUUGACAUCAUCAGCCAUCGUGUCUACGGCUAUUGAUAAACUAGCAGACUCCUUUUCAAAAGCUAUCAAUUUAUCUAACUCCAACCAACCUGUCUCUUGCCGACAGCGUCUUCCAUCCUUCAGCGGGAAACCAGACGAAUGGCCCAUGUUCUAUUCCUGUUACAAUAAGACUAAACACCUUUUUAAUGACGAUGAAAACCUUGACAGAAUAAGAAAUUGUCUGGAGGGAGAUGCCUUUAAAAUGGUAAAACCUCUAUUUAUAUCAGGUAAAAAUUUGAGUACAGUAAUGAAAACUUUACAAAUGCGUUUUGGACGUCCAGAGUUUAUAGUCGAGUCAAUGUUGAAGAAGGCGCGCAUGCUCCAACCAGUCAAGGAGGAUGACGCUGUCAGCCUUAUUGAGUUUUCAACAACUCUUUUAAACCUGACCUCUACCGCAGAGUCGUUGGAUUUGGAAAUGUACCUAAUAAAUCCUCUCUUGUUGAAUGAACUUUUAAGUAAGCUCCCCUAUACCCUGAAGUACAGGUGGGCUGAACAUGUAAAUAGCAUGCAUUUAGAAAAACCUACUGACCUGAAAGUAUUCUGUAACUGGCUUGAAAAUCAGUGUUCCAUUAUGAGUAUUUAUUUUCGUCCACCCGAGGAGACAACGCGGAAGAGAAGUGACCCUAAACCAGUUUUUACUAAUUCGCCCAAUGAAAACGUUUGCAUGUUUUGCUCGGAGAGUCAUGAAACCGAUAAAUGUAAGCUUUUUAGAAAAGCAGAAGUCUCGCAGCGGUGGAAGAUGAUAAUUGAGAAAAAACUGUGUUUCUUUUGCUUCCGUCGUCACCACAUCAAAUUUUGCAAUUUAAAGAAACCUUGUGGAAUCAAUGGGUGCAAACUAUCCCACCAUCGCCUUCUGCAUACUGACAGUGCCACUAAAAAUGCCCAAGAGAUCAGCUGGGACAGAGUACAGAACACUUUCAGGCAGGAAGGUAAAUCAAAAGAAGAAUUUAUAAGCAAUCACUCGGUAAAUAACCGCGUUUUACUAAGAGUAUGUCCAGUGACAUUAUAUGGUCCAAGCUGUCAGAUCGACACAUAUGCACUUUUAGAUGACGGUUCAACCAUAUCUCUACUAGAUUCAACUACAGCCAAUAAAUUAGGCGUCAGUGGUAGCAUUGAACCCCUUACCACUUGUUGGUCAAAUGCAACUAAACAUUUUGACCCAACGUCCAGACGAGUUGAACUUAAAAUAAAAGGGCUCUAUGAAGACGAAGUUUUCACAUUGACUAAUGUAAGAACUCAAUUUCCCUUAGAUUUACCCCAACAGUCGAUCGAUUCAGUAAAGCUUCGUGAGACAUGGUCUCAUUUAAAUUCAAUCGACCAACCUCUACCAACAUCUCAUGCCAAACCUACCAUCUUGAUUGGUCAAGAUAAUUGCAACCUAAUAUUGACAAGGAAAGUUGUGGAAGGACCUCCUAACUCGCCAGUUUUAUCCUGGAGUUACUUAGGCUGGUCGUUGCAUGGAAAAUGUCCAGGAUACAGUGGAGGACGUAUCGAUGACAACUUUGCUCUGACAUGUUUUAAAUAUGAUAAAUUGUACAAAACAGCAGAGGAAUCAUUUGAGAUUGACAACUACGGUGCAGAAAACAUCUCCCAAGAGGAAAGGACUCAAAACAAAGAUAUGAAAAUCAAAAAAGCACAUUUAAACAGGGAUCCAAUAAAAGAAAAAGCGUUAGAGAAGGAAUGCCAACCCCUGGAGGCUAAGAAUAUGAUUCAAGACUCUGAGAAACAUUCUGACAUUCUCACCAGUGUCCAGACAGUCCGAGUGGUUGGAGAGAAAACGGAAGAGCCUGAUAAAGAAAAUGAGAUAGGUCUAGUUGACGAUGAGCUGAUAGAAAAUUCCAAAGUACUUGAAGUCUUGAAGGAAGCCAUGCUGGAAUCCAGUGUCAAAAUCAAGAAAAAGAUCUUUGCGGUAACUGGCAAAAGGAAGAAUGUGAAAACAGAAGACAAAAAACUUAAAGCCAAACCUCUAUGGGAAAUGAAGAAAACGGAGAACGAUUCAGAGUUGAAAAUUUGUGGUGGAUGUGAUGUGCAGUUUGACAAUACCUCCUUCUACAGACACAAGAAGAAACGUGUGUGCUGGAAGGAGCACAAGAAUAACGAUGACAAUCAAACAAACAAGUGUGCUCAGUGUGGCUGCAAGUUCCCAUGUCUGAUGGCCUUGUUUAAACACAACUGUAGUCGCUCACAGGAACCUACGAUGCCACAAUGGUGUCUUGAAGAGCAGAUGGCGGAGGUGCUAAGAGACAGCGUGGAGGACAAUUCCAACUUGUCACCUAUGAAAAUAUCCAGAGACGAGUCUGUGAGGAGAAUGUCACUAGUAGACGAUUCAGUCAGCCUAGUCAGUGACGAGAGCUUUGACAUCUCACAGUACCACAACAAGUCCAGCAGUGAUAACCAGAGGAAUAAGAAAUAUUCUGAAAUAUUCAAAGAAAUCAAACAUCAAAGAAGAAAACGUAUGCUCAAAGUGAAAAUCACUAAAGAACUGGUGAGUGCCAAAGUUAGGCUUCGCAAGCCUCGGCCAAAAAUUACUAUUGCUCCAAAGAAAAAACUAAUGAAAAGGAAAAAGAAACUAAUUUUUGAAUGGUUAGUUCUUGGGGGGGAGAGAAUGUAA